UUUAAAAACACAAACAAAUAUAACCCAUAUAUUAUACACUUAUUCAUAUUUUUAAGAGAACGUGUCCGCCAUGUCAGUGCCGUCUUUUGUUUUGUCGACGUCUAGUGGUAACGUUUAAUGUUGAUGUUUAUCAUAACGUUAUUGUAAUUUAGUUGCCCUUUUGUUGAUAUUGUUACUUUUUCAACGUAGGGUGGUGUCGUGUCAAACACGGUCACCGUAGUAAACACCAACUCCUGCUGGUGUAAACCAAGUAGAAACACAUUUGUGUGGUUAACCAUCCCCGGUAUGUGUCACCUUCCUCUGCCGCUCUUUGAGUGUCCUCCUCCUCCUCCUCCUCCUCAUCUUCCUCCUCUUGACUCCCAUUUCCUGUGUCCAACUGGUUGUCAUGGCCACGGUAACCGUGGAGAACACUGGCGACAGAAGAAAUGAAACCUGAAGCCCAGAUCACGGUGCCGGUGCCGCUAUAUUUAAUUCAUCAGCAGAAUGUUAAACCCAGGCUUCAGUGGAAUGUACACACAGUCAGAGAACAGUUACGGCUCUUUUUUCACCUUAAUAUUGAUUUUUUUUUUUAAACACUUAAAGUUUUCCAAGGAAACUAGCAAGUCCAUCAGAGCUCAAAUUCUUCUUCACAUUUAGUAACUUUAGUUUUCUUGUACUUUAUCAUUUAUGACCAUUGUUGAGCAGUUACAAUAUAUUCUGGCAGAUUUCUUUUGGCUAAUUAUUGCUAUUUGGGAUAAAAUGUUUUAUCUUAAGGCACAGGAUAAAAAAAAGAUCCUUUUUUGACUAAUCUUUGAGUCGAUUUCUGACGUACAGUAUAGGUUUUUUGUUACUGUGUUUUAAUGGUUCUCAACCUCAGGUUUGCAUUACAGGUACACACACGAUCUGAUUCCCAUCAGGAUGGUGUGUAUUUCAUUUGUGUUUCUGUGUUUUCACAACUGUAUUUGUUCGGUUGUGUUGUACAAGGGAUCAUGUGUCACUGGACUUUAAACAUGAAAAAACUCAAUUGUUUUGUGAUCUUCCUGUCAAUGGGCGUCCGUCUUUUACAGCUUUGACCUGUAGAUCUGUGGAUUUUUAACCCUUUGACCUCAUUGUUCCAGAAACGGUGACCCUACUGUGUUUCUGUCGUUCCCUGCUGUGUCGGACAAAAAGCCACAUUUUCAGUGGAAGCCUCCUUUAAACCGCACCCUGUUUGGUAUUGAGGCGCACACACAGUGUGACCCCCCCCCUUUGUCCAUGUUGUUUUUGUGUUAACUGAUCCCGACACACACUCCAUCCAUCACACCCUCUUUUGUGGUCUCCCCCUCUUUCACCUCCAUCCGUACCACACACUCUCAUCACAACCUGCGCUGAAGUCUGUGACCUGAUGCUGUGUUUACCUCCGAGCCUGAGGACGUGGACCUGAUUUGUUAUUUAUGCUGUUGCUGGAACCGGAUUCACUCAUUUGGAUCGUGUGAAUACCAAAGGAGGGAGGGUGUAAAGGGGGGAGGGAGAAGCCUGAAGUGGCCUCGUCGAAGCUGGGGCCGAGCGUGUUUAUUGUUAACAAGGACACACUUGAUGUGGAAACAGCAGCGGCAGCAGCAGCGGUGUCUGAUGAAGCUGCUUUCUCCUGUUUUCGUAUCCGACCAAAACAAAUUGACUUGGACGUUUCCAGUCGAUAUCAGUUUUUAUCAAAGAGGACAGAAAAAAGGAUUUUGAGGACGGGGUGAAAAAAAAAACCUAAACCUGUUGAUUUUUUUUUUUUCUCCUCUCUCACAUCGAGCUUCACCUGCUGUGACAGGAUACACUCACAGCAGCAUCAGUGGCCUUGAAUCUGAGUAUCAGGUUCUAUUGGUCUGAUCCAAACAGGUAAGACUACACCCAAACCAGGAGAGCGGCAUUGAAAUACACUGCAGCGCCACCAUCCAGGGGUUUGAUCCACCAUCGGAGGCACUCGUCGACUCGUACGGACCUAAAACACAGACUUCCUCAGAUCCAUUUCUCCGACAGCGCCCUGGAUUGUGAGACCUGAUUGAUCCUUCUUCUCCAGACUGUCACAGGUGGCCACACCGCUAUUGGCUACUCAAUAAUGCAUUGAUCGAAGCUCAGGAGUGGAAAAAAUAAAGGGGAAAGUGAGCGAGCCUCUGUCUGUGAUCCUUUAAAGAAGUGAAUGAGUGUGGAGGGAAAGCUGGCGAUUAUAUCUGGAUAAGCUUUCAAGAGUUGGGGGGCACGUGAGCAGAUGUUGAAGAGAAGGAGAAAAAGAGACAGAAAUGGCUGCUGACAAAGUGAGGCUGGGGCGAGGACCUUGAGAAGCUCGACAACAGACAGACGAGGGACGUGGAAGCAGUAGGUUUUGACGGAUAAGAGCAAAACUUUGACUUCAACUCUGAAAGACAUCGACGAUCCCUGGAGAAGACCCAGACGGUGUGGAGAGGAUUCUCCGACCAUGGUGAACACUGGGCUGCAGCUGAUCAGCUUCACCUGCGCGGUGACCGGCUGGAUCAUGGCCAUCGCCGUGACGGCCCUGCCGCAGUGGAAGGUCUCGGCCUUCAUCGGCAACAACAUCCUGACCUCGGAGAUCACGUGGGAAGGCAUCUGGAUGGGCUGCGUCUACCAGACCACGGGCCAGAUGCAGUGUAAAACCUACGACUCCAUGCUGGCCCUGCCUCCUGACAUCCAGGCGGCCCGCGCCCUCAUGUGUCUGGCCAUCUUCAUGGGCUGGCUCUCCUGCACCGUGUCCUGCUGCGGCAUGAAGUGCACCACCUGUGCCGGAGACGACCGCCGGGCCAAGGCCGGGAUCGCCCUUGCCGGCGGUAUUCUCUUCAUCAUCACCGGUCUGUGUGUUCUGAUUCCCAUUUCCUGGACCGCCAACACCGUCAUCCAGGAAUUCUACAACCCCAAUGUGCCCGUACAGUACAAAAGAGAGCUGGGCCAGGCCAUAUAUCUGGGCUGGGCCUCCGCGGUGAUCCUGAUAAUCAGCGGCGCCGUGCUCUGCAGCACCUGCCCCUUCAUGGAGAGAGGAGGUCGGUACCGCAGGGGCUACAUCGGCCGCAGCUUCGCUAACUCCCCUGUUACAGCACCAGAUCCUCCGAAACCCAUCACCUCCAACAGUGUCCCAAUGAAGGAGUAUGUGUAGGAAGACGAAGGAGAGGAGGACGAAGAUGAAGAAGAAACAGAAUCUGUACAUAGGAAAUGGACUUGGAAAAAGAAACAGGAAGUGCUCCAUUGGUUUUGUCAGUGUGAAAAUUAGACGACUUCUCUGUCUUAUUGAUAAAUCAUUGACAUUUCCUUGAAGAGUUUUGAAGUCUUCAUCACUUGUUGAUCACGUGGCUCUCUGGAAGAGGAAGUGGCGGUGUUGUGGUACUGCAGUCAAAAAGUGCUGACGACUCAAACUCUAAACUCACUGUGUAUGAAUAGUUAAUGACGACUUGAAGCUUGAAACUCUGGGACUUCACUAAAACAUGUCUACCUGGGAACUCAAGUCGGUGUUCCCAGAAGACCUGGACUUGACUCAGACUUGACUCCUCUCUGUUGGCUGACUUGCUUUCAGACUUGGUUGUAAUGACAUCAUGUUGAACUGACAAAGACUGAACUCAUAACAAACGGCUGUUCUUGUUUUCUAGUCUGAAGGAGUGUUUGCGGACGUUGCGUUGUCCAUUUCUGAUGUACAGUCUCUGGGAAGAAGGUGAGGAUGAAACUUUUCAAAGUUGAUCAUCUUCUGGUUCUUUUUUUUUUCUUUCCUCAAAUUUUAUUUAUUGCUGAUUAGCAUUUAUACAUAUUUGCUGAGUUGAUCACGUCUCCUUGUAAUUUAAGACCUUUUCAGUAUUUCAUACAUUUGAGUUUGUUUGACAUUUUUGUUUUUUGAUGCAAUGUGAUAGAAGUAGAAGAAGAAAAUCCAUUUUCCUUUAACUGUAAAAGUGAAAACAUUUUUUUAAUCCAUUUUGAGACAUUAUGGUCACCCCCAGUUGAAUUCCAGGCGACCACAGA